AUGUCUACUCGUAGCGAUUUCGUGAAGCAUUGUACUCCUCUGGAUAAUGCAACGGCUGGCCUUGUUGACAUAGUGAAACUUGCGCUUCUUGAAAUCGUUGACGGUCGGUUAAAUGAGAUUCUGGAAGAGGAAAUCACUCGAUGUAGUUCGGUAAUAAAUGAGAUUCUCUUCCUUCUCUCGACUCAGGCGAAAAAACACUCUGAAAACGUUACAGGUCAAUGA